AUGUUAUCCAAAGUCUUCAUCACCGUAGGACUCACUGCCACUGUUGCAGCCUUCGACUGCAAUGGCCAUUACUUCUCCUUCUUCAAUCGUGGCGGCAACGCCAUGAGCUACCAGCGUCUUGAUCCCGCGCUAUAUCCAGGCACCGAGAGUCCCCAUCUUCACUCCUUCGACGGAGGGAAUGCACUGUCAGCGUCAACCGACUUUGCCGAAACGCAAACUUCGACUUGCUCCACUGCACGCAUCAAGCCGGACAAGAGCUUAUACUGGCGUCCCUCGAUCUUCUGGAACGGCAAUGGGACUGGCUUCCACCGUGUGCCCGAGAAAUCGACCAAGAUCUACUACAAAUUUGGCGACGGCGACAAAUGGGCAAACGUCACAGGUUUCCCUGAGAAUUUCAACAUGAUGGCUGGCAACCCUUUGAAGCGGUCCGAUGGUGACAAUCCCGCUGGUGUGCGAUGGGGCUGUCACAAUCCUGAUGGGGGCUCCACUGCCAUCUUCAGCAACGGCUUUCCCAAGGGUUUCUCUUCGUGCGACUAUGGUCUUGCAUCCGAAGUCACCUUUCCAUCGUGCUGGAAUGGCGACAAGCUGGAUCCUGAGAACCCUCAGGCUCACAUGGCGUAUCCCAGUGGAUUCAGCGGCGUUGGGGUCGAAAAUUGCCCUGCCACUCACAGGGCAGCGCGAUUCCCGACUAUCUUCGUCGAGUUUUGGUAUGAUGUUUCGUCGUUCAAUGGGCAGUAUGGGCCAGACGAAACCCCUUGGGUUGUCUCCAACGGCGAUCCAACUGGCUUUGGUUUCCACGCCGACUUUUUGAACGGCUGGGAGAAGGGUGUGCUUGAGAAAGCCAUUGGCGAGACGGGUGGCUGCAACUGCGGCUGCGGCUGCGGUCAAACGGAAAUGGAGCAAUGCUUCGGCGCAGAAAACGUGAACAGAGAUGCCGACGGGGAAUUUGAAAGUUGCGCAGCCAUGACGGCAAUGGGCAAUGAUGCCACGCCUGUUCUGGACACCCUUCCCGGAUGCAAUCCUCUCCAGUCGGGACCGGCUGAUGCAACGACUGUGACCGGCCCAAAUUGCGAUGCUACUGCCAAACCAGUUUCUCCAGGCGAAAAACCUACUUCUUCUUCUUCUGCCGCUGCUGCAAGCAAGACAGGGAGCCUCACCGCCAAGCCUUCCACAACCUUGGAUGUCACCGAUUCCCCUCCUGCGGUCGAAAAAGACGACAACGACAACGAAGAUGCAAAUACAACCCCAUCUGCUGUCCCAUCCCGAGAGAAUACGUCCAAGAAAGCUAAUCCAACUACUAUCCCAUCUUCAUCAUCCUCAACCGCCACACCGCCUCCUAGCAAUCCCAGCCCCACCCCCUUAACACCAUUGCCCAGUACCAAUGACUGCAAACCCCCCAUCUCCAUCACAAUCACACCCACCGUAUACAUCACACUCGCAGCUGAAAGCGAGGCUUCAUCUUCCUGUGCACAGCAGGACACUGUGUACGCAACUGUUACUGAGACGACGACGGUCACUAUGUCUGCGUGA